AUGACUUGGUCAACAUUUUUGCUAACAUUCCUUCUUGUUUCAACUGUGCUCUCACGAACCCUCAAAAGGUACAGUAUUUUUUCAGAUUUUUUUUUCAAAUUGAAUUGAAUUUGUUUUCAGAGAUCCAGAAUCAUGGGUUCAAAACUGGAGAGCAGAAGAAUCUGCUGAAGAACAACUUCCAGAAAUUCAGAAUCUGGAGGGCGAUCUCUUCAAGCGCUUCAAAUUGGCAGAACAAAAUGUGGAGCCAACACCUGCAAGUUCUACAAAAAAGGAGAAAUAUGGUCCCAUUUGGUGA